AUGAACACCGUACUGUCAAUUACGGUGGUAACAGUUGCAUUGCUCUGUGCAUACUCAACACAGGUAAGGAGCAGUGACAGCCUCAGUGACGAUAAAAAUGGUACCGAAGCACCCGGUGACAUCCGGGAAACCGAAUCGACCCAGGGUAAAUUGGAGGCGUCGGUGCAGUUUGAAAAUACAAGACCAAAGAUUGAGGUUAUUGAGCGUGUAACCGAACAGCUGAAAGAAUCAUCCAUAAAAUCUGGCUUUCCUAAGCAAGAAUCCGGGUACAGGCUAACCAUUCCCACUGAGCGCUACCAAAAUUGGUCUAAAUGGUCCAAAUGUGAUCCCAUUGAAUGUGUUGAGAGUCGACGCCGUGAAUGUGUGGACGAAUCUUGGAUGCAGUCUGAUGUCAAUAAAUCAGGUGCAAGACGCUGCCUCAGCAAGUAUUACGAGGAGACGCGGGACUGUAAAAACAAGACAAACUGUGUAACCAAUGGGAUGCUUGAAAACUGUGGAGUCCAAACAACCAAAGAAGACACUGUCUCUAACCCUACUGGAGCCGAAAGAACAACAACGAAUUCGUGGCCAUGGCUGGAUUCGUGUGAACGGGACUGCAGAAGUGGACUAUAUUGCAAGAUACCGUACACAAAUAAGUGGCUGCUAGCGGGUGUGAGAAACUACGGCUCAGAAACUGAGUGCAAACCGGGUACUGGAAUAUACACAUCGGCACUUACAAGAAAUGAAUGGUUGUUUUCAACGAUGGAGAAUUGGGCUCCUUAUAUGUCGCACUAUAUUGGGAAGUGAAUGGAGCCAGUUUCCAGUUAACGGC